UCUGGCAACUGCACUGUCUCUUAUCAUUAUCGAAGUGAACUUAGAGGAGCUCUCUCUCUCUCUGUCUCUCUCUCUCUCGUGCGCACGCUCUCUCACAUUGCGGCGGAGUGUGUUGAGGCAGUUACUAACAUUGCUAUUUUUGGCUUUAUCGUGUAUAUUUGUGUGUGUGUGUGUGUGUGUGUGUAUGUGUGUGUGUGUCUGUGUGUCUGUGCGUGCGUGAUGCAGACAACUCCUCUCGCUCUAUUUAUGCUGCAGGCUGAGAGAGAGGGAGAGCGAGAGAGAGAGUGAGGGAAUGAGAAUGAUACUCAGGUGAAUUGUGGACUGAUGGAAGAAAGCAUUCACAGCCUGACAUACGGAGAACAUUGUUACACACACACACACACACGCACACACCCACACACACACACACACACACACACACACAUACACAUAGACAUAUAAUGGCGAGUUUUGGGAAGCUGAUUAAUCGGAGAGAUGGACGCCGCAGUGGAAGCUAUUGCUGUAGUGCAGCUGAGGCCAGGUCAUUGGAGCGGCGUCUGCAGAGACCCCUGCUGUCCAAGUCUAGAACAUUACCCAGCAUCCCUCAGUCUCCCAUCGUGGGCCGCUUGCACCAGAACUCUCAGCUGAUUGGCAGAAGUGAGCCCUGCUCCCAAUUGGCAUCUAGCCCCACCCACCUCACCGCCUGCACACUGCCCCCUGCAGACUAUGCAUGGCGAUUAGAAGACGAUAAUGAAAGUGAAGAACAGCAGGUGGGAUCUGAUGUGAAGCUCCGCCCACAUUCACAAUCACCAUUCUCUCAGUUGCACAGCCGAGCUGCGUAUUUACGAAAGAGUCUUUCCGUUGACGGACAUCUGGGUGUGCCAGAGUAUGACUCCGCCCAGUCACAGGGGCGUGGCUCUAAAGGAAAGCUGAAGAGAAAAUUUAGUCUUGGUUCUGCCGACAGAAAGGAGGCGAGACAAAGAAGGGUGGACUCUGGUAUUCUGCGUUUGACUCAGCGUCUCUCUAUAAAAGACAAGAAGCAGGAGAAGAGUUUCUACAGGAGGCGCUCUCUCAGUGUUGAUUGGGCGGAGUCCAAGAUGACUCAGCGCAUUCAUGAGCAUUGCCCACCAGCAAUGCGGAAAUAUUCAAGUUCCUCCUGUUCUUCACCACCCAAUGCUGCACGCCGUCUCUAUAGAAACCUUUCUGGAAAAUUUCGCAUGGCAAAUUCAGAUGAGUCAGAUAGCAAGGAGCAGCUACGCAAAGCUAACGAGUAUAACAGGGCAUUGUUUGAGGCAGUGGAACAGCAGGAUCUGGAUCUAGUGGAAUCACUCCUGAAGAACUUCAGUGUUGAAGAGCUGGACCUAAAUACACCAAACAGCGAAGGGCUUCUUCCUCUCGACAUCGCCAUCCUCACUAACAAUGUCCCCAUGGCUAAACUCUUACUGAAGAGGGGUGCUAAAGAGAGCCCACAUUUUGUGAGUCCUGAGGCAAGGGCAGUUCAUCUGGUUGCCUUGGUGAAGGAGGCGGAGUUACGUGUGUCUGAACUGGCUGCCCAGGUGAAGGGGGCGGAAUCAACAGACGAAGGGACUGACACGGAUAGAGAGAGGCAGCUGAAGGCAUGGGAGUGGAGACUCCGCCUCUACAAACGCAUGCAGACAGGAUACACACAUGCUAGCCCCCCCGACCCACCCAGCUGUGUACGUCUCUCCGUCAGCAGCUCUUCAAGUCUUAAAGUUAAUUUUCAGGAGCCGCUGUGCCUCAAUGCUGCUAUCAUUACCAAAUACCGAGUGGUGUGGAGUUCUUCACCUUCCUUUUCUCCACUGCAUGGUGAGAUUGUGAUUGAGGACACAACCCUACUGCAGUGUGACAUCACAGGCCUCCGAGCUGGUGUAGAUUAUUAUGUUCAGGUGUUUGCAUAUAACAUGAAGGGAUGGAGUGAACCUCAGAUAUCUGUACCUGCCUGUGCUACUCCAUCAGGAUGGAGGGAAGUGGACGGUCGUAUGCCGAGGUUAAACGGCCUCUGUGAGACGCUGCUCCAGAUCCUGGGACAGAUUAAAGAGUCGCACCAGCUCUGUGCGUGUCACGAUCAGUGCAAGGGACCACCAAAUAUCAGGAAGCACUCCGUUUCUAAAAGCCUGAGACAUCUCUUCCAGCCCACCAGCAAAUUCGUCAAAAGUCUGAAAAGGGGUUUGUACGUAGCGUGUGUGUUUUAUAAAGAUGAUAACAUCGUGGUGACGGCCGAAGAGCAGCUGCCCAUCAUAGAAGUGGACGAUUCUUACAGCUCCCUCAUGCAGGACUUUCUGUGGUUCACCAAGGUGACGUAUUUGUGGGAGGAGAUUAUGUGGUUGCAGCAGUGUGCUAGCUCCACCCACCCAUCCUGCUCCUGCACCCUGCAGACCCGCCUUAAAAUUCUACAAGCUUUAACACAGCUUCAGGCUCUGUUAGGCACUCAGGACCUGGGCCAGGUGUACUUCGAGCCCCUGCGUGAUAAGCACGGUAACGCCCUGUUAGUGUUACUGCGUGAUUUGUGCGGAUGUUCAGAUCUGGACACACAGCGAUGGUCUAAACUCAACAAACUACAGCUGCAGCGCAAAUCCACCAGCUGUGUGGACGAACCUACAGCCCUCGACACACUCCUCAUCACCCUGCACGAGAAGCUUGCCUAUCAUAAGCGCAGUAGGAAGAUCCUCUCUCCUGGACUCUAUCUGGGUUAUAUGAAGCUCUCUAGCUCCGUGGAACAGAUCAGAGUUUUGGUUCCUCAGAAAAUCCCUAAUGUGUUCUGCCAUGUCAAAAUACGAGACAACAGCCACGUCUCCAGGGAGGAGUGGCAGUGGCUGCAGGCAGUACGUUCUUUAGAUGACACUAAGGAUGUGUACGCUAAAGAGGAAAACGCUGCACAUCGCCUCUUACUGGAGUUACGCAGCGCUGCCUACGAUCUGCUUGGACGCAUCAAUAUUCCAAACAAUCAGGCUCAGGAUUUUCGUAUUUACGUUCACGAUGUGCUUGAAUUCGGAGAGGGUGUGUCCUUCCUCUUGCUCCUCCCACCAUAUGAGGAAGUGUGUACGCCGCCUGGGCAAAACAACUUCUCGCCUCGAUCUGGAUUUUUUACCCUGCCUCUACAGAUCUUUGAACUGGUUCAUUUUGGAGCGUACUGUCCCACUUUUAUCGGUCAGUACUGCCGUGCAUCAGCCAGCUUGGAUCUGGAGUUCCUCGUUUCCCAGCAGGCUUUGCGGGAGGCGUUCUCAGAGUCUGAGCUGCUCACAGCCAAGCAGAGACAUCAAAAAAUCCAGGAGCUCUUACAGCAGGUGGAUGAAGUUUGGCGUGAGGCUCGUUGGAUGGUGGAGGUGUUACAAUGUGCUCGUUAUAAACAGCAGCGUGGUGGUGUAAAUCUUGGCUCCAUCAUCGACUUCAGCAAGGAGAACAUUGUUGAAAAAACACCUUCUACAUCUUCCCAGCCCGACUAUCUCCCCUCACCUGUCCCCUCACCAGUCGAAUCACCUGUCCCUUCACCUGAUAGUGGACGCAAAUACCCUGAUCCUCUGUCUGAUGAUGAAGGUUCCUUGGAAGUCUUCCUUACUCCAGACAGUGAUUAUAGUUCUAGCCCACGAGACCUUGACCUCCUUCCACCGUCACACCCCCUCCCUUACACACACACUCUUGCUCAGCCAGAUGUGCUGUGCUCGGGGGGUGGAGUCAGAGCAGGGCCAGAGCUGAUAGACAGUGACUUUGUCCUGCCGAGUCGUCAGAUCGAGCUCCUGCGCAUCACGGAGAAAAAAACCGCCUUGUGUGUGCGUACCAGCAGCCUUGAAGCCCCACCCACUCCAUCAGCAACAACACCAAACCCCUCCCCUUCAAACGUUUGGCCAUGCCCUGGACCUGUACGCUCCCUAUCAGAGGACAGCGGGAGGAAACAGAACUCCUCCCACUGCAGAAACUCGGCUCACAGAUCCUGCUAUUCAACAGUCAGGAUUUACCCACAAUACCACACGGGGCUUCCCAAGGAGACUAGUGUCAAGCUGAGAGUGACAAUACACACCACGGCGAGGGAGAUGGUGCAGCUGGUGGUUCAGGAGAUAAACGGACUGUGUGCACGUCUCCAGACUGCAGCCCGGCAGUGUGUGUGCCCUGCGCAGGUGUGUGUGUGUGGAGCGGAAGUGUGUGUGUAUGAAUCAGAGCAGCUGGACCACUUUGCCCUCGUCCUGCUCACGGAGGGACGGGAGAAAUGGCUGCAGGAUGAUUUCUGUCCUCUCACACUCCAGAACCCAUGGACUCAUGGCAGGCUGUGUGUACAAUUUAAACAGUGUUCCCCUCUUGCUCUACAGCACAGCAGAGCCACUGCGGUGUAGCAUGCACACACACACACACACACACACACACACACACACACAGACAGUUACAUUAACACAAUAAUUUAUAGGCAAUAAGAGUUAUGAGAACAGUGGCUUCAGAAUAGAAAGACCAGAGAGAACUGAUCGAAACUCAACUACAUUUUACUUCCAGCGGAGCAGAACUGAACAGAACCAGCCAGAACUGGACUUAUCAGAACUGCAUAUCGCUUCCACGCUUUUUAUAGACAUGUGGUUAACUGUACUGUACCUGUGAUGUAAUUAACACAUCUUUUUACACACACACACACACCCACACACACACACACACACACACAGACACACACAGUUGUAAUGUUUUAAAUACACUCGGAAUAGAAGUGAACACCUUCACCCACAGUUCUGCUGAAUGUUCUGAAGAGGAGCAACGUGAUGAUGUCAUCAAAUGAGUAUCAGCCAAUCGCAUACAGUCUUUAUGCACACAUUUAAUGUAAACAUAAACUAGGUGCAUGAAAACACACUCUAUACCAACAACAUCAUAUCUGACAUUCUCAUCAGUACCAAUCAGAUUCUAGAACCAUUCUCAGGAUUAUAGAGCCACACUGAGCAUUUAAAAACAAUAGUGAGCAUUCUAGAGCCACGUUGUUGGUUAUAGAACCAUAAUGAGUAAUGUGGGUCCACACUGAAUAUUAUAGACCUGCACUGAGGAUUUCAGAACCAUAAUGAGGAUUCUACAGCCUUUUAUUUUUGCCAUGUACGCGGGUCAGGAAAACAAAAUGACGCUCUAGUUCUGUCCCAAAUGAUAUACUAUACACUUAUACUAUGCAUUAUACACUCUGCCAUCUAGUGUAUGAAUUUUAGAAGGGUGGUAUUGUCUCAAAUGGCACACUUUCAGUAGUUUCCCGGUCUCGGGCAAAUUAUGUCAUGGCACUAGCAUUAGCGAAAUAGCUAAACAGAUAACAAAAAUGAACUGGUACAUUUUACUGUUUAUGUUAAUGUUUCCUUUUAUGGCCAACAAGACCUCAGUCACCGUCAGACAGAGGCGUAAUAGUCUCUGCAGGCGAAUUUUACGUUCACAAUUUAAAAAUCAUCAAGCCUGAUAUAGCUCCUCCCUGUCUGCUGCAUAAGGAAAGCUGCGACCGUUGAGUGAAGUGUCCAUCGUUCCACACUUGGUUUUUUUGGUUGAAUGAGUGCAUCAUCCGGAACCUUAAAGUGCACUUUGUUUUUUUGGUUUUUCAGAGUGAACACACUAAUCACACUAUUUAUACUACAGAAUGGUGUGGGAUAGUGCAUGUGUGUGAUUUGGGACGCACCUUCUGUGUUUCGGUUUAAAUUCUCCAUAUUGGCUGAAUGCACUGAAAACUCAUGGACUGAACUAAACACCCACCCGAUAUUACUAUGAAAUGUAGAUUAAGAUGAUUUUCUUAAUUUACACAUCUGUCCGCUGGCAGUUAACUCUGCUUUGGGCGUGGCUAGCAGAUGACUGACAGUCUUACAGGGAAUAACCGCUGAUGUUAUCCGUGAUGUUAUUAAAUGCUCUGAAGUCAGUGUAAAUCAUGGGUCAUUCAGUUUAAGAGGAUUUUCAGAAACAUUUUUGCGCUGUACUGCUGAAAAUGUUUUUCUUUACCACACUGAAAUGACUGUCUUCCUGAUCAGCAGUGUGUGUGUGUGUGUGUGUGUGUGUGUGUGUGUGUGUGUGUGUGUGUUAGAAUCUGGCAAUGUAGAUUUAUUUCCACUGGAUUGAUCUGGAGUCAUGACCAGUGAUGUACAGUAAAGUUUUACACUGGAAAC